AUGGGUGGCGCAAGCAGAGAAGGCGGCAAGGUCAAGCCUCUGAAGGCCGCUAAGAAGGUGAAGAAGGAGCUGGACUCGGAUGACGAAGCGUACCAGGCGAAGUGCAGAGAUGACCGGAAGGCCAAGGAGGCCAUGGCGAAAGCGCUGGGAAACAAGCGGGGUCCCCUCAACACCGGCCAGCAAGGUAUCAAGAAGUCGGGCAAGAAAUAG